AUGGCAUUGAAGCUGCUUAGGAACAGCAGCAGCAGCAACAGCAACAACAACAGCAGCAACAACAUCGGCAGCAGCAACAGCAACUACAAUUACGAUGCGUGUGUAUGCAGCUGCUGCAACGACACCUACUGCUACAACAUCGUGUGCGACGACGACAAGUGCAACAAUGGAAUCAAUUAUUCAGGCAGUACCUCCACGUGCAGCUUCAAUAAUAAGAACAACAACAACAAUCCCGACAUCAACAACCAGCCACAGCGAGGCUGCAUCUGUGACAAAACAUUAAACCCCGUCUGCUCUCACCGAUACUCUAUAAAUAUUGUCCUACUACCUGAUGACGUCAAUAGCAGACGCAUGCUACUUCCGGCGAGCCGAUGUAGCAGCUGUACGCAUGGUGGCUACAGUCGUGGCUACCACGGCUUGCAUCAAACCAUCUUGCAGUGGAUUUAUCGCAAGUGUAAAAGUUCCAUGGCGGGUAGAUCGUCAGAUGAGAACGCCGAACUCUUUUGUCCUGGAGAACGGAACAAAAGCACGAACCAUGCAUCUCACGAGCCACCAUCUGACGAACAUUUUUUUAGUUCUCAAGGGAAUAAGUUAUAUUGCUUGUCGGAACAUCUACUGGUUGAAGAUUUCAAGAAUUUGAAAUCUCUACCGGAAACAUCGAUCAAAAUGAACCCUCCAAUUCACGAUGUGCUGUGA